UCAUAGACGCUACCGUUUUGGUACGUCUCAUCAUGCUGUACCUCACUUCCUGCACAACGGAACCUGAGUGCUGUACUCCGGUUAAUUGUCCCUGUACCUUUGGUUCCGAUUGGCGGAAGUGAUGUAUUCCCCGCUAAGUAGUCUGGGAUGUAGGCAAUCUCUAUGGACGCCGGAGACAUCCUCCGGACUCCGCUGACACUGGGCAUGGUGGACAGCUAUUGAUGAAGUAUUAGAAGAUCUGCAUCCUGCUGUUUACCAGUGGUGAAAAGAACAUCUGUAGGGGCAUCCCUUGCGCUCAAAAAAGAGCUACAAUCAAAAUGGUGCUGCGGUGACAUCCCCAUCCCCCCCACAACAUUUGAACCAGCAGGAAAGUGCAGUGGUGGGGCAGAGCACACAGUGUGAUGAACACCUUGCCCAGUAUUUGUGAGGAGAGCGACAAAGGGAGAGAGUUCCAGCCUGGAUGGAGCCUAGCAUGGCUGCAGCUUCGUAUGACCAGCUGUUAAAGCAGGUUGAGGCACUGAAAAUGGAGAACACAAACCUUCGACAAGAACUAGAAGAUAAUUCAAAUCACCUAACAAAACUUGAGUCUGAAGCAUCCAACAUGAAGGAGGUUCUUAAACAACUACAAGGAAGCAUUGAGGAUGAAGCCAUGGCCUCUUCGGGGCAAAUUGAUCUAUUGGAACGACUGAAAGAAUUAAAUUUAGAUGGUACUAACUUCCCUGGCAUCAAAAUGAAAUCAAAGGUGUCCCUCCGGUCUUAUGGGAGCAGGGAAGGCUCCCUCUCUGGCCACUCAGGGGAGUGCAGCCCAGUCCCUAUGGGUUCCUUUCCACGGAGGGGCUUUGCCAAUGGGAGCAAAGAAAGUGCUGGCUUCAUAGAUGAACUGGAAAAGGAGAGGUCUUUACUUAUUGCUGAGCUUGAAAAGGAAGAAAAAGAGAAAGACUGGUACUAUGCCCAGUUACAAAAUCUCACUAAAAGAAUCGAUGGACUUCCUCUUACCGAAAACUUUUCUCUACAAACGGACAUGACCAGAAGGCAGCUGGAGUUUGAGGCCAGACAGAUCAGAGCUGCAAUGGAGGAACAAUUGGGGACCUGUCAGGACAUGGAGAAACGAGCACAGCUGAGAGUGGCAAGAAUUCAGCAAAUAGAAAAGGACUUGUUUCGGAUCAGACAGGGCAUGCAAUCCCAAACUGCAGAAUCUGAGAGGGUACCGCAGAGCAAGAGCGAUGCUGGCAGCAGGGAUGCAGAGAAGCCCCUUGAUGGACAAGGGACCUCGGAGACUGCUGCGGGUAGCGCUGCUGGAAACGGGCAGGUGAAAGAAAAUGGCACAACCGCUCGAGUGGAUCAUGAGACUGCCAUUGUUAUGAGCUCUAACAGUACCUACUCCGUUCCACGAAGGCUGACUAGUCACCUGGGUACCAAGGUUGAAAUGGUAUAUUCCCUUCUAUCUAUGCUUGGUACCCACGACAAGGAUGAUAUGUCCCGUACACUACUAGCCAUGUCAAGCUCCCAGGAUAGUUGUAUAGCUAUGCGGCAAUCUGGAUGCCUUCCUCUGCUCAUCCAGCUACUACAUGGCAAUGAUAAAGACUCUGUGCUGCUGGGGAACUCUCGUGGAAGUAAGGAAGCACGUGCUCGGGCUAGCGCAGCCCUUCAUAACAUCAUUCACUCUCAGCCAGAUGACAAGCGGGGAAGGCGAGAAAUCAGAGUCCUGCACCUCUUGGAACAGAUCCGGGCUUACUGUGAAACGUGCUGGGAAUGGCAGGAGGCACACGAGCAAGGAAUGGAUCAGGAUAAAAAUCCAAUGCCGGCACCCGUGGAACACCAGAUCUGUCCUGCAGUGUGUGUUCUGAUGAAGCUCUCCUUUGAUGAAGAACACAGGCAUGCAAUGAAUGAACUUGGUGGUUUGCAGGCUAUUGCAGAGCUUUUGCAAGUGGAUUGUGAAAUGUAUGGACUGAUUAAAGACCACUAUAGUGUCACCUUACGGCGGUAUGCUGGCAUGGCAUUGACUAAUCUGACUUUUGGAGAUGUCGCUAACAAGGCCACGCUGUGUUCAAUGAAAAGCUGUAUGCGAGCCCUUGUAGCCCAACUAAAGUCAGAGAGUGAAGAUCUACAGCAGGUCAUAGCAAGUGUGCUCAGGAAUCUGUCCUGGAGAGCAGAUGUAAAUAGUAAGAAGACCCUGCGUGAAGUUGGGAGUGUCAAAGCACUAACAGAAUGUGCACUUCAAGUUAAGAAGGAGUCUACAUUGAAGAGUGUACUGAGUGCCUUGUGGAACCUGUCUGCUCACUGCACAGAGAACAAAGCAGACAUAUGUUCUGUGGAUGGGGCCCUGGCUUUCUUAGUAGGCACAUUAACUUACAGAAGUCAAACCAAUACAUUGGCCAUUAUUGAGAGUGGAGGUGGAAUACUGCGCAAUGUGUCCAGUUUAAUUGCCACUAAUGAAGACCACAGGCAAAUCCUGAGAGAGAACAAUUGCUUACAGACCUUAUUACAGCACUUAAAAUCACACAGCUUGACUAUUGUCAGCAAUGCUUGUGGGACCUUGUGGAAUUUAUCUGCGCGGAACUCGAAGGAUCAAGAAGCUCUCUGGGACAUGGGUGCUGUCAGCAUGCUCAAAAACCUUAUCCAUUCAAAGCACAAAAUGAUAGCAAUGGGCAGUGCAGCAGCCUUAAGGAAUUUAAUGGCAAACAGACCUGCCAAAUAUAAAGACACCAAUAUCAUGUCUCCAGGAUCUAGUGUCCCAUCUCUUCAUGUUCGGAAGCAGAAAGCAUUAGAAGCAGAGCUUGACGCACAGCAUUUGUCUGAAACUUUUGACAACAUUGAUAAUUUAAGUCCAAAAACCUCUCAUCGCAAUAAGCAGAGACAUAAGCAAAAUUUGUACAGUGACUAUGUUCUGGACUCCAGUAGACAUGACGAUUCCAUUUGCCGGUCGGACAACUUUAGCCCUAGCAAUUUAACUGUUCUUUCUCCAUAUAUGAACACAACUGUGUUGCCAGCACCAUCUUCUAGGCAAGCUGGCGAUGGUAACAGGACAGAAAAGGAUAGGGAAAGGACAGGAAUAAAUAACUACCAAUCUUCUGGUGAUGGAAACCAAUCCAAACGAAUUGGAUUACAACUUUCAACUACUGCUCAGAUUGGUAAAGUUAUGGACGAGGUAUCAAGCAUUCACCUAGCUCAAGAAGACAGAAAUUCUGGGUCUUCUUCAGAAAUGCACAAUACAUCCGAUGAAAGAACUUCUAGAAAGACGACUUCAAACCAUUCCCACACAAACUCCUACAAUUUCACCAAAGGAGAGGUUUCCAACAGAACAUGUCCUGUAUCAUAUAUGAAAAUGGAGUAUAAAAUGUCCUCAAAUGAUAGCUUGAACAGCGUUAGCAGUACUGAUGGCUAUGGAAAACGUGGUCAAGUAAAACCAUCUGUUGAGUCUUACUCUGAAGAUGAUGAGAGUAAAUUUUGCAGUUAUGGACAGUAUCCUGCAGGUCUAGCUCAUAAAAUACACAGUGCUAAUCACAUGGAUGAUAAUGAUACAGAACUUGACACGCCAAUAAAUUAUAGCUUGAAAUAUUCUGAUGAGCAAUUGAAUUCUGGACGGCAAAGCCCAACUCAAAAUGAUAGAUGGGCCAGACCCAAACACAUAAUAGAUAAUGAAAUGAAACAAAGUGAGCAAAGGCAAGCUAGAAAUCCAAAAACAUCUUAUUCUGCCUUCACUGAAAGCAAAGAAGAGAAACACAAAAAAUUCUCCCCACAUUUUGCGCCAACAGAAAAUAAUUCACCAUACAGAGGAAGAGCUCCAAACACUCAAGGAGACCAGACACGAGCAAACUCAAAUGCUGUAACAAGUCAGAAGACCAAUAAACCACAUUGUCAGGUUGAAGUCUAUGACGACGACAAAACAACAAAUUUCAGUGAACGAUAUUCUGAGGAAGAACUGCAAGAGGAGGAUGAUGAUCAGCAAGUAAGCUUCAAUAUCACAACAUAUAAACAAGAGGAGCACCACAUUGAGCAGCCUAUUGAUUACAGUCGAAAGUAUCCACCUGAUGUUACACCAUCAACACAGAAGCCAUCAUUCUCUUUUUCAAAGAACUCUUCCAAACAAAGGUCUAAGAAAGAUCAUGUGUCAUCCAGCAAUAACACACCUAGCCCAUCAUCAAGCACAAGCAUGCAAACUCAACUUCAUCCUAAUUCUGCUCAAACCCGAGGUGGACAAAAUAGACAAAAACAAAGUUCAAGUAAGCCUUCUUCAAUUAACCAAGAAACUAUACAAACAUAUUGUGUCGAAGAUACACCUAUAUGUUUUUCAAGAUGCAGUUCUCUGUCAUCCUUGUCUUCUGCAGAGGAUGAAAUUGAAGGCCGUGAAAGAGGUACUCAGGGAGCAGGUGGGAAUAACAAUAUUCAAAUAACUGAACUUAAGGGAAGCAGAGAUGGAACCUCGAAAGAAGGUGCAUCUAGUGAAACUCGUACUGCUCCACAUCAUAUACGUACCAAAACAAGCAGGUUACAGACUUCUACCUUAUCUCCUUCUGAUGCUUCAAGGCAUAAAUCAGUCGAGUUUUCUUCAGGUGCUAAAUCACCCUCAAAAACCGGAGCCCAGACACCUAAAAGUCCUCCAGAACAUUAUGUCCAGGAAACACCUUUAAUGUUCAGCAGGUGUACUUCUGUGAGCUCAUUGGAUAGUUUUGAAAGUCAUUCCAUUGCCAGCUCUGUGCAAAGCGAGCCAUGCAGUGGUAUGGUGAGCGGUAUUAUUAGUCCUAGUGAUCUUCCUGACAGCCCAGGGCAAACAAUGCCACCAAGCCGAUGUAAAACUCCUCCUCCAUCUCAGGCAGUGCAAGAUAAGAGAGAUGGAAAUAAAGCUAAAAUAAGAAGUAAUGCUGAAGAAAGGGACUCUGUGACCAAACAGACUGCUGUGCAUGCAGCAGUUCAAAGAGUUCAGGUGCUUCAGGAAGCUGAUACCUUAUUGCAUUUUGCUACAGAGACCACACCAGAUGGGUUUUCAUGUGCUUCAAGCCUCAGUGCUCUUAGCCUGGAUGAGCCAUAUAUUCCAAAAGAUAUAGAACUUACAAUUAUGCCUCCUGUAUUUGAAAACGAUCAAGGUAAUGAAGUUGAGUCAGACAAGUCCAAAGAAUCGACUGACCAUCACGAGAAAAAAGAAGAGAAACAAUCUGAACCAGAGAAAGACAUACUAGAUGAUACAGAUGAUGAUAUUGACAUAUUAGAGGAAUGUAUAAUAUCCGCUAUGCCUACAAAAUCAUCAAGAAAAACAAAGAAAGCUUCCCAACAAACUGUUUCAAAAACCGCGCCUCCUACUGCAAGAAAACCAAGCCAGCUACCAGUGUAUAAACCCAUUCCUCUCCAAACUAGACUACAGGUUCAAAAGCAUGUUAGUUUCAACCAUGCAGAUGAUAUGCCUAAAGUGUAUUGUGUAGAAGGCACACCAAUUAACUUUUCUACAGCCACAUCCCUUAGUGAUCUCACCAUAGAAUCACCACCAAAUGAAUUGACAAAUAAUGAUCAUGCAAAUGCUGUACCUGUUUUUUCAGAGUUUGAAAAGAGGGAUGCAAUUCCUACUGAGGGGAGGAGUACAGAUGACGCAGAAGCAGGUAAAAACUCUAAUGCUAUUGCAUCUGGACUAGACGAAGAUAAAACAGAGGAAGGUGAUAUUCUUGCCGAGUGCAUACAUUCUGCAAUGCCCAAAGGAAAAAGCCACAAGCCCUAUAGAGUCAAAAAGAUUAUGGAUCAGGUUAAUAAUACAACUGCGCCUGCGAAUAAUAAAAAUGUACAAGAAAGUGAAAAGAAGCCAACGUCCCCAUUAAAACCAGUGCCACAACCAAAUGGACGUAUAAAGAAAAACAUGGAUUCAAGAACUAGUCUAGGACAUGAAAAGCCCUACGGUGACCCAAGGAAGCAGAGUGUUAAAAACUUGAAAGAGACAAAUGAUAAGAUUCCCAACAACGAAGAACGUGCAAAGGGAAGCUUUGCUUUUGAUUCCCCUCAUCACUAUACUCCAAUUGAGGGCACGCCCUAUUGUUUUUCAAGGAAUGAUUCACUGAGUUCUUUAGACUUUGAUGAAGAUGAUGUUGACCUUUCCAGAGAAAAGGAAGAGUUGCGGAAAGAAAAAGAAAUAAAGGAAACUGACUCAAGAACAGAGAAGAAUCAUUCAUAUGCAAACCAAUCUCCGGGGCAGCAAGGUCAAAAGAAUACAGCAAGCAGAGGUCCAUCUAAAUCAUUGCUCCAAAAACAAGCUUCAUUUCCACCUGCAUCCAAAGUUCAAGACAGAGGAGGAGCAUCUGAUGAAAAAAUGCAGAAUUUUGCAAUUGAAAAUACACCUGUUUGUUUUUCUCGCAAUUCAUCUCUGAGUUCAUUAAGUGACAUUGACCAAGAAAACAAUAACAAAGAAGUUGAGUCCGCAAAAGAAAAUGAACCUUCCGACUCACAGAUAGCAUUACGCAGACCUCAAACUUCAGGGUAUGCACCUAAGUCAUUCCAUGUUGAAGAUACCCCAGUUUGUUUUUCUAGAAACAGUUCUCUUAGUUCUUUAAGCAUUGACUCUGAGGAUGACCUGUUACAGGAAUGCAUAACGUCAGCCAUGCCAAAGAAGAAAAAGCCCUCAAAAGCCAAAAGUGAGAAGGUUGGUGGUGGAAUUCUUGCAGAAGAGGAACUUGAUCUUACACUAGAUCUAAGAGAUCUACGAAGUCCUGAUUCUGAAAAUGAGUUUUCCCCAGAUUCUGAAAAUUUUGAUUGGAAAGCAAUUCAGGAAGGUGCCAAUUCGAUUGUCAGUCGAUUACAUCAAGCAGCUGCUGCAGUUUCAUUAUCCCGGCAAGGCUCGUCUGAUUCUGAUUCAAUUCUGUCGCUAAAAUCAGGCAUUUCAUUGGGCUCUCCUUUCCAUCUGACAUCAGACAAGGAAGAAAAGAACGUUCCAAUAAACAAAGGUCCAAGAAUUUUAAAGCCUGGAGAGAAGAGUUCAGUACAAAACAAGAAAAAGGAUGAAGAACCUAAAAGUAUAAAAGGGGGAAAGAAAGUGUAUAAAAGUAUGAUUACAGGAAAAUCUCGUUCUAGCUCUGAUUUUUCAAGUCAGUGUAAACAGCCAGUACAAACAAAUAUGCCAUCUAUCUCUCGUGGUAGAACAAUGAUCCAUAUUCCUGGAGUCCGGGCCAGUUCUCCAAGCACUAGCCCUGUUUUAAAGAAAGUUCCAGUUCUAAAGAAUACACCACCUAAAAGUUCCAGUGACAAUUCAACUAGUUCUCCUAGAGGACAAAAACCAUUAAAAUCUGAAGCAUUCUACAAUAACAGGCAGGCUGCUACACCAGUAGGGUCAAGUAAAGUACCUUCUAGGUCAGGAUCAAGAGACUCUACUCCUUCCAGGCCUUCUCCACAACCAUUAAGUAGACCUAUGCAGUCCCCUGGUCGAAGUUCUAUUUCACCUGGCAAAAAUGGAAUAAGCCCUCCCAACAAAUUCUCUCAGUUACCAAGAACAUCUUCCCCUAGCACAACCUCCACAAAGUCAUCUGGUUCAGGAAGAAUGUCAUAUACAUCGCCAGGUAGGCAGUUAAGUCAGCAGAACCUGAACAAGCAAUCCAAUCUUCCCAAAACGCCCAGUGGUAUUCCAAGAAGUGAGUCUGCUUCAAAAGGCUUAAACCAAAAUGUGAACACUGGAUCAAGUAAGAAAGUAGAGCUCUCUAGAAUGUCUUCAACAAAAUCUAGUGGAAGUGAAUCAGAUAGAUCAGAGAGACCUGCAUUAGUACGUCAGUCUACUUUUAUUAAGGAAGCACCUAGUCCUACAUUAAGGAGGAAAUUAGAAGAAUCUGCAUCAUUUGAAUCCUUGUCUUCUUCGUCAAGAGCAGAUUCUCCAACACGAUCUCAGACUCAGACACCAGUUUUAAGCCCAUCGCUUCCUGAAAUGUCUUUAUCAACUCAUGCUGUACAAACUGGUGGAUGGAGAAAAAUGCCUCCAAAUCUGAAUGCACCCUCUGAACAUGGUGAUGUCAGAAAGCGUCAUGACAUAAGUCGGUCACAUUCAGAGUCCCCAUCCAGGCUUCCGAUUACACGAUCAGGCACUUGGAAACGUGAGCACAGUAAGCAUUCAUCAUCCCUUCCUCGUGUCAGUACUUGGCGAAGAACUGGGAGCUCAUCAUCAAUUUUGUCUGCUUCCUCUGAAUCUAGUGAGAAAGCAAAGAGUGAAGAUGAAAAGCAGCCAGCAUGCUUCGUCCCAGGGUCAAUUUCUAGCCCGGAUUGUCCACCAUCUGCAAAAGGAACUUGGAGAAAAAUAAGGGAAAAUGAAACCCUCGAGAUGGCAAGUAACAGAACUUCAAACACUCUUGCGGAGUCUUGCAACACACUAGAAUCUAAAACCGUAUACCAGAUGGCACCAGCUGUCUCCAAAACAGAGGAUGUAUGGGUAAGAAUUGAAGACUGCCCAAUCAAUAACCCUAGAUCAGGCAAGUCCCCCACAGGGAAUUCUCCCCCAGUUAUCGACAAUAUCUCAGAGCAGGAAGAAAAUGAUGAGGCAGUAAAAGACUCCCAAGGAAGGCAUAAUUCAGGGAAUGGGAAUGGGCCUUCUUUGGAAAAUAGGCAGAAAUCAUUUAUUAAAGUGGAAGGUUUGGAUAUUAAGGGGGCAGACCCAAAACCUGUAAUAAACAGCCAGCCUACAGGGCAAGAGACAAGUGAAAAUUCUGUUACAGAACGUACACCAUUUAGCUCAAGCAGUUCAAGUAAACACAGCUCACCAAGUGGGACUGUUGCAGCACGUGUCACUCCAUUUAACUAUAACCCUAGUCCCAGGAAAAGCAAUGGAGACGGUAGCACUUCUCGACCAUCCCAGAUACCAACCCCAGUGACUACAAAGAAAAAAAACUCAAAAAGUGAAGCCACAGACUCUAGUGGAUCUCAAAGCCCCAAAAGACAUUCUGGGUCUUAUCUGGUGACUUCUGUGUGAGAAGACGACUAGCUGUUAUUUGAAUUAAAAUUCUGAUGCAUUAUUUUUUAGCUGUCCAUGUAUAUUGUUCAAAGACACAAAUAUAAAAAAAAGUCUGUAAAUAUCUUUGAUUUUUGAUAAGGGUUGUUCAGGAAGCCAUAAUUCAUAAAACCAUUGUUUUCUCUUUUUAGUUACUAUAAGAUACUGACAGUUUACGAUACAUUGGAUAUUUAUAGAAAGGUUGUUUUUGUUUUGUUUUUUUAUAAACCAUUUUGGUCUAUUACAGCACUCCCAGCUGUUUUGGCACCGAAAAGGAUUAAUUGUCAACUGAUUAAAAAUAAAUUCCAGUAAUAAAUAAUACAGAUACCCUUUUCUAACUGUAGCUAUAUUAACUUAUUCUAGGAUGCUGGCUGGCUUUAGCACAUCAGGGAAAAUCUUGUAUUGAUGCAGAAAAUAUACUAUUGCUUUAGUCUUUGUGGAUACAGUUUAAGUAGUAUUUCGUCAUGCUGCUGUCAGACUUACAGCAAUGUGAUUUCUACUGAAAGCUUUUUCUUUUCUUUUCUUUUUUUCUUCUUCUUCCCUUGCCAGCCUGUCUGCAUGACUGAUCUGACAAUCCAAGUACUGUGAUCUCAUGAUGUGCAUAGGUACAGUAGAUAUGGUAAAACAAUCUACACAGUGGUGUUCUCUACAAAAACAAAACCCAAAAAAGCUCUGUGUUGCAGUUAGACCACAUCUGAUUUAUUUUUGUUUUUGGGAAGGGGGGACUACAGUGGUCUCUACAAUAAAAAUAAAAACACACACAAAAUAAAGCUCUGUUGCGGCUAGACCACUUGCAAUCCUUUUUUGGGGGGGAUGCACUGAUCAGAGAUUGGCAAUUUUUGUUCAAUGCUAUGCUGUAUAUUGUCUGUUUCGGUAUUUGAGGUAAGAUGGCUGCUCUUUUAUGAGUGAGACAGAAUGUCUCAAAAUCUAACUGAACAUUUCUGAAUAAAUUAUUACUGUAUGUAAAUUCAUAAUUGUGUUUUUAUAGUGAACUGUAAAUUUACGUGGCAUGCAGAUUUUUUUUUUAAAGGGAAAAUGCUAAUUUUUUUUAAAUUUAUUUAUAUAUAUAUUUUUUUUUUUUUUUUGCAAUAAACUGAAUUUUAUUGAAUGAGAAAAUAUUACCAUAAGGUUUUCACUACUGUCUGUGUAAAAAUCUUAUGGUAAAUUUAUUUCCUGCAAUAAAAUCAGCCCAUAGGAAAGACUUUUGCUGUCAAUCAUAUCAAUGAACCACUAGGUCAGGAGAAUAAUAAUUUACAAGUUCUAGUAUUAACUGCUUUGUACAAAAAAAAUGUUCUUUUAUUUCCCCUGCUUGCUGCAACUGGUGUAAAUUCUGUUUCAUGGCUUUUGACUGAUUUUAACCUGGUAGUUGUGAUUACAGAAUGAAACUGACUUGUACUAAACUCUAUUUAUUAAUUUUUAAAAGCUGUCUGCACUCUUUUUGAUUCCCCCUUGUUCAGUCUCAGUAGUCAGAACCCUGCAAAGCAGAGUUUCAGCUAGUGAGCAGUACAAAUAACCUUCACACACUUUCACACUAUGUGUAUUGUUAGUGAUUUAAAGUGAAUUAGUUUGUAUAAGCAAGAUGGGAAUGAUGUAUUUCUGGAUGGUUGUGGAUAUUUUUAAUUUAAACACCAACUUUUUUUGUUUUUCUUGUCAAGGCAGUUUUAUCUAUGCGUGACUAAGAAGAUUUUAUGACUUUUGCAAUAAAAAUUAAAAUAAUAA